GUAGUUACACUACUAAUAUAAUUUUGCCAAACGUUCUCCAUCCUGUGUUGCAGUUACUCUGCAAAUCUGCAUGACAGUCAAUAUCAAGUAAAGAGGAGCAGCAGCAGCGAGUAGAGCAAGAACAGGUAGUUGCUCUCUGGAGGUAGCGGUGGGAGACGACUGAUUCGAACGGAAAUGGGCUUCGAUCGAUCUACAGCUUCUUUUAGAUUUAUUACUAUCACCUCCGCCUUUCUGACACUGUUGAUAGCAACGGGGUCGUAUGGGUCUCCUUCUGGAACUCGCAAAACGGGAAAGUCGUCGUCUUCAUCAUCAUCAUCGGUGUUUUCUUUAUUCAAUCUCAAAGAGAAGAGUAGGUUUUGGAGCGAGUCUGUUAUUCACAGCGGUGAUUUUGAUGAUUUGGAAUCUUUAAGCCCUGCCAAAAUGGGAGCUCGCAAUUUCACCAACGCCGGUAACAUUGCAAAUUAUCUUAAGCUCCAAGAAGUGGAUUCGAUGUAUCUUCCGGUUCCUGUAAAUUUCAUUUUCAUAGGCUUUGAAGGAAAAGGGAACCAAGCUUUCAAGCUUCAUUCAGAAGAACUUGAGCGUUGGUUCACAAAAAUUGAUCACAUCUUUGGGCAUACACGAGUACCGAAAAUCGGAGAAGUUCUCACCCCAUUUUACAAAAUUCAUGUGGACAAAGAGCAACAUCAUCAUCUUCCCUUAGUCAGUCAAAUAAAUUACAAUUUUUCUGUUCAUGCCAUUCAGAUGGGGGAAAAGGUUACUUCUAUCUUUGAGCAUGCCAUCAAUUUUUUGGCUCGUAAGGAUGACUUGACUGAUAACAGGGAUGACAAGGAUGUCCUUUGGCAAGUUGAUAUGGAUGUGAUGGAUGCUCUUUUCACCAGUCUCGUUGACUACCUUCAACUUGACAAUGCAUAUAACGUUUUCAUUUUGAAUCCCAAGCAUGACUUAAAGAGGGCUAGAUAUGGCUACAGGAGAGGUUUGUCAGAGUCAGAAAUAACAUUUCUUAAAGAGAAUAAGAGCUUGCAAACAAAAAUUCUUCAGUCAGGAGGUGUUUCAGAAAGUGUACUUGUACUUGAUAAGAUUAAGAGACCUCUGUAUGAAAAGCAUCCUAUGACCAAGUAUGCCUGGACGAUGACUGAAGAAACUGAUACAGUGGAAUGGUACAAUCUUUGCCUGGAUGCGUUGAACAAUGCUGAGAAGUUAUAUCAAGGGAAGGACACUUAUGAUAUCAUUCAGAAUAAAGUUUUACAAUUAUUGAAAGGGAAGAAUGAGGAUAUGGAGCUUUUCUUUGGAAAAGAGUUAAAAUCUGGGGACUUCAGUGAUUUUUCUGCGGAGUGCCUUACAGAUACAUGGAUUGGAAAGGACAGGUGGGCCUUUAUUGAUUUAACCGCUGGCCCCUUUUCAUGGGGUCCUGCUGUUGGUGGAGAAGGUGUGCGCACAGAGCUUAGUUUGCCAAAUGUGCAGAAAACUAUUGGUGCAGUAGCAGAGAUUUCAGAAGAUGAAGCUGAAGAGCGUUUGCAAGAAGCAAUUCAGGAAAAGUUUUCAGUAUUUGGUGAUAAGGAUCAUCAGGCCAUCGAUAUUCUUUUGGCUGAGAUUGACAUUUAUGAGCUUUUUGCUUUCAAGCACUGCAAGGGAAGGAGAACUAAGCUAGCUCUAUGUGAAGAGCUUGAUGAGAGAAUGCAUGAUUUGAAAAAUGAGCUUCAGUCUCUCAAUGGUGAAGAGAAUGAUGAAAGUCAUAAGAAAAAGGCCAUAGAGGCAUUAAAACGAAUGGAGACUUGGAAUCUUUUCAGUGAUACCCAUGAGCUGGAGUUUCGAAACUACACAGUUGCAAGGGAUACUUUUCUUGCACAUUUGGGUGCAACCCUUUGGGGGUCUAUGAGACACAUAAUCUCACCUUCACUAUCUGAUGGAGCAUUCCACUAUUAUGAGAAGAUAUCCUUUCAGUUGUUUUUUGUCACACAUGAGAAAGUUAGGAAUGUUAAACAUCUACCUGUUGAUCUCAAGGCUCUAAAGAAUGGGCUAUCCUCCUUGCUGGUAUCCUCACAAAAGGCUAUGUUCAGUGAGAAUCUGGUAGUACUUUCAGAGGAUCCUGCAUUAGCGAUGGCCUUUUCAGUGGCUAGGCGAGCAGCAGCUGUCCCAUUAUUGCUUGUUAAUGGAACAUAUAGGAAAACCACUCGGUCCUAUCUUGAUUCUUCCAUUCUCCAGCAUCAGUUGCAGAGACAGCUCCAUGACCAUGGCUCUCUCAAAGGAGCACAUGCCCAUAGUAUGUCCACGCUUGAAGUUCCUAUCUUUUGGUUCAUUUCUGGCGAGCCACUAUUAGUUGACAAGCAUUAUCAGGCAAAGGCUCUUUCUGACAUGGUUAUUGUGGUCCAGUCAGAACCAUCAUCAUGGGAAAGCCAUCUGCAGUGUAAUGGGCAAUCAGUUUUGUGGGAUCUGAGGAGGCCUGUAAAAGCUGCAUUGGCCGCUGUCUCUGAACAUCUGGCUGGUUUACUUCCCCUCCAUCUUGUCUACAGCCAUGCCCAUGAAACUGCGAUUGAGGAUUGGGUUUGGUCGGUGGGAUGCAAUCCUUUUUCAAUCACAUCUCAAGGCUGGCAUGUUUCACAGUUUCAGUCUGAUACAAUUGCUCGAAGCUACAUCAUCACAGCGCUUGAACAUUCAAUACAACUGGUCAAUUCAGCCGUUCGCCGUCUACUGAUGGAACGCACAUCUGAGAAGACCUUCAAAAUGUUUCAGUCUGAGGAGCGAGAACUUGUGGACAAGUAUAAUUAUGUUGUUAGUCUUUGGAGAAGGAUUUCAACUAUCCAUGGAGAACUGCGUUACAUGGAUGCUAUGAGACUUCUUUACACCCUAGAGGAUGCAUCUGAAAGGUUUGCCAGUCAAGUGAAUGCAACUAUAGCCAUUCUUCACCCAAUUCACUGCACGAGAGAGAGAAAAGUACAUGUGGUGAUUGACAUGACAACAGUUCCUGCCUUCUUGGUUGUUCUUGGUGUUCUUUAUAUAGUUCUAAAGCCUAGACGACCAAAACCCAAGAUUAAUUAAUCUCUCUGGGUGGAAGUCAUGGCUGCGAAGCUGUGCGGGAUUGAUCAUGAAGACUUGCAAAGUUACUUUGAGGGGAAUGACGAUGCAAUUUUCUUCCCCAUAUAGCAUUUUCAGUACACACCCUUUUGUUUUCCGUUCGAGGCAGCAAGAUUUUAUAAGUGAAUGAGUGAGGAAAUAGGAAUGAGAUGUAGUGUGAAGUAGCCACCGAGCUAGAAUAUUGCAAUGCGGAUGGUUGCUUGAGUCCUGUACAAUCAUGAUAUCUCACCCAAUAGUGAUCUGUCGUUUAGAAUUUGGAAGUGUAGGAAAGAAGUUGUAACGUACAUUCGAGCUGUACAUUAAUAAUGGACGUAGUGUGCUUAUGAUGGGCAGUGGAGGACGAGAUAUGUUUGUGGACGAGGAAGAAAAUUGAAGCUCAAAAAACAGAGCACUGAAAUUCAAUUUGUUGUUUUAAUUAUUCUAA